AUGGCAACGUCGUAUGGUAGUAGUGCAUGUCCAUUAAGGAGAGUGAAAGGGGAAAUAAAUCGUUGUCGGUAGUGGCUAUGGGUAAUCGGUGUAUUUUUAUUUUUCAUAGCUGUCUCGUUAAAUUGUUUCUAAACUUUGCAUAUUGUGGAGGUGAACAAUCCAUUUAACCGGGAACGUUUACGAUAAGGGGUAAUGGCUGCACGAUUAUGCAUGCGGAUAGAAUGACCUGUUGUUAUUUGUUAGUCUAGCUAGCUACUAUGUAGCUAAGUUAGCCAGCCAGUAAAAAAAAAACUGCCGUGUUGCUAGCUAACCGUAUAGUUUAGCCAUGUCAGGCAACAGUCUUCCGCCUGUGCGAAAUCUACCCCACUGGUCCCGCGUUGGAUGUCUUGACAAGCCUUGCUUUCCACAACCACGUCCUUUCCCGUUUAACCACCUUGAACCGCUGUCCGAUCCACCCCGAGGGGACAGAGGGGGAGAGGUCUCAUCACACCGGGACAUGGAUACUCGCGUUGCAUCGCUUCAGAGGAAUAUUCAGUUCCUGCAACUACAGCACAAGGACACUCUUCAGAAGCUACACGGUGAAAUAGAUGACCUCAGACGGGAAAAUAAAGAGCUGCAGUAUAAGCUGAUCAUGGAGCCUUCAAAGUCUUGCAGAAAAGGUAUUUCUUUAGGAUCAAGCCACCGGAGCACAAGGCCACCGACACAGGGCAGUGAGGCCCAGACAGAGAGAGUGAUCUACCUGGAGCAACCUUUACAAGACGCACGCACAUCUCAAGACCCAUGGCUCAGCAGUAUAGCGGGGGACGGUUGUGUGGCUCACGCCUACACUGAGACCACUGGAGUGGCAAAGCUUGAACACGAGUCAGAGUUGAGGGGAGGCCUCAUCACCUCUCUACAACCCCUCCGGAUCCACAGCAGCCCAUCCCAUCCCCCCCGACCCCCCACCCUUCAGGAAUGUGAGGUUAUCAUACGGCAGCUCUACAACGCCAACAGCCUGCAGUCUCAGGAGAUUAUACGUGUGAAGGCUGUCCUCCGAGACAUUGUGUUCAACAAGAAAAUCACUCCUGAGAACUACAUCAUGACAAAGGCCUACCUUGCUGACAGCACCAGCAAGGCAGAGAAGUUUCCCCAACUAGCACUUCAACCACUUCCCAAGAGAAUGUCUGGGAACCAGGCAGGGGUGACAGAGAGGGUGAUCCUCCCAGCCCUCAAACAGCACCUGAGCUCCAGCAUUGCAGAGAGGCAGAAAAGGACCCAGGCUGUACAGAGGAGCAGGCUGAGGAGAACAGUGCAUUGAGAGGGACAAACAGUACAGCAGGCCAGCCAGCACCGCAGAACCAAAGCCUCUUUAAAUAAGAUCAGGACCAGCUCCUAUUAUGGCCAUUGAAGGACUUCAAUUACCACUGAAUGAAUGUUAACAGUACCUGUCAAAAGUUUGGACAAUUAAUUCUAGGGUUUCUUUAUUUUUACUAUUUUCUACAUUGUAGAAAAUAGUGAAGGGAAAAGGG